GUCGUCGGAAGUAAUCUCACGUCUUCAUCAUCGUGAACACAAACUUUAGUUCAAUCAUAGUUUCGCUUUGCGGUCCUUGUCAAAGUAGAUGGUCGCGAUGAAACUCAAAGUGGAGCGGAGUCUCUUUUGAGCUCACCUCGUCGGGACACCAUCUGUCUGAGCGGUCGUAGUGCCGAGGUCUGUAAAGGAGCAUGGAUGGAGUCCCUUGCCGUUGGAACCCUACAAGAGCACCAGAGUCUUUACACCGCUGCCGGCCUACCACAGGCACCCUGUCCCGGCUGGCCAAACUGGUAGCACACGUGGAACCAAAACCAGACAGUCACUCUCGAAAGCAGCCCCUUGCAUGCCACUCCUUCGGUGGUCCAGAAUGUGACCAGGAAUCCCCUAACAUGACAGAACAUUCGCUACAUCAAGAGUCCAAACAUGCGUUACCCAAGCCUCACAAAUGUGUGUCCUGUGGGAAUGAGUUCUCCCUUCUAUCAUCAUUACAGCACCACAUGUGUGCUACUUCUCCUGAUGAACUGGGUUUGGCUCGUGCGGACGGAGCCUCUGAUCCCGACGGUCUCCAGGACAAGUCGCCUGGCCACCAACCUGGCUUUAUUGACAGUGUCCCGUACGCUUGUGCCUCGUGCGGCAGAGGCUUCAGGCAGAAGCAGGCUCUUCUCCAGCAUCAGCAGGCUGUUUGUGGUGAACCAUCUCUAUUGUCUGGGGAUGGUGCCAGCACCCCUCCCGCCGACUCACCCCAAUCGGCUUCUGAGGCUGGCUCGAGCCAGUCUGAUAGUUCAGAGCCUCAAGUAAAUCGCACAUUUGUCCAAUGUUUAUUCUGUCCUAGAAAAGCACGCUCAGGAGCUGGAAUUCAUUGCCAUAUGCGGACAUGCCAUCCAGCGGAGAGUCGGGCUUUUCUCAAGCAUCAGCAGGCUGGUCGUAGUGAACCAUUCGUAUUGGCUGGGGAUGGGGCAAGCACCCCUCCAACUGUCUCCAUUGCCCAAUGUUUAUUCUGUCCUAGAACUUCCCGCACAGGAGCUGGACUUCAUUGCCAUAUGCGGAAAUGCCACGCAGCAGAGCUAUUGGCGUCUGAACAACAAAGGGUAAGGUGCCGUGCCAGUAAGUUGCCAAAGCUGCUGGGUUGCCGCUCUUGUGAAAUGGUCUUCAAGAGUACAGCCAUGCUGUACUUGCACAGGAAGGAGAUGCACAGCAGGGAGACGGCCCCAAGGAGCGAGAGAAUUCCGGUCAUUCCCAAACGUCGGAAGCAGGAGACGUAUCCAUGUCAGGUCUGCGGUAGAGUCUUCCUGCAUCAUCUGUCUCUUAGGGCCCAUUCCAAACAGCACUCGGCCUCGGAUGUCACCGCUAUCCCCAAGCAGGGCCACUCUGCCGAGGCCAAUGCCAGACAAUCCAAAUACACUGAAAGGCAACCAAAAAAUCUCCACCAUGCACUUUUGACUAAAGGAAAAUCUGGAAGGAAAACUGAGACAUUGGAUGAGGAGACGGCUCUGAGGAGCUCAAGGAAUGGAUGUAAGGUAGAAGAGGAAGUGGAGAGUGACUUCCCGUGUCCCUCGUGUGCCAAGGUUUUUUCCCUUCAGUCAGAGCUCAGAAACCACGCAGAGCUUCAUCAGUCAACUGCACACUGGAGACAGUGCAGUGUUUGCCUUCAGGAGAUGGACACCUCUAAAGGGUUAGGUUCUAAGAAACGUAGGCUUUACCAUUGUGUUCCCUGUCAGCAGACCUUCCCAGCGUUGGACACCUUUCUGAAACACUGCCAGGAUCACCUACGGGUCAGGGUGGAGGAGGACCAUAUUGCUGAGGCUUUUGGUUUCCAUAGCAACAAAAACAGAGAUUAAUAGACUGUCAUUGUCACUUUAGCGAGCCAUGUUGACUUAGGUUUCAGAAUUUAAGAAGCCACAAAAGCUGAAACAAUUCCUCAUUCAGUACCUGAAUAGUCAGUCCACUGUUAGUAUCACGCUGAUUGGUUGAAUGUAUUAUCAAUAGAUGCCAAUGCCUAAAUAGUCUGUUUAACAAUUGAAUGGUAAGUCAGGCAGGUUUGUUCCACUCCCUAAAUGAAAAUCAUAAAACAUUUGACAAAGUAUUUGUAAUGCUUUGAUUUUCCAAUGGAUUUGAUAAGACUCUAAAUUUCCCAUGUAAUAAUUAUUGCAUGAGUCAUAUUUUUGAAUUUGAGCGUUUUGUUAAUAAAAUGUCUUACCUUAAGGUAAUGGAAGUAGUAUUUUACUUUUGGUGGAUCUGUCAUGGUAAACGCAUGUCAUUAGAUAUAAUUGAACUCUGACUCCAAUUGCAAUUCUCAUUUAAAUUCAACCAAAUUAACAUUUUGUGAACCGUAUUCUUUUUAUUUUUACAAUUUACAUUCCCUUACAUCAGUGGUCUCAAACUCGCGGCCCGGGGGCCAAUUGAGGCCCGCGGGAUGAUAUUUUGUCGCCCCCUACUUGACAUCAAAGUUUAGUGUUGGUGCAGCCCGCGCGUUGUUGUCAAACGCACAGUGGCUUGCCACGCUUCUUUAUGACUUGUGAUAGAGUGACCAGAUGUCCCGGUUUUGCCGGGACAGUCCCAAUUUUGAGUUGCGUAUCUUGAGUCCCGACAAAAACCAAAGGACGCUAAAAUGUCCCGGUUAUCACCCCUGUCAGCGAUGACAUAGCCAACGUGAUCUAAUUAUAGCCCGAUCAUUAACUUAGGUCGGGUAAGUUGUGCUCCUUUUCUUUGUGGAAUACUUGAUGGGGCCCAGCCUGACCCAGACUCUACCUCCAGCGGCCCCCAUGUAGGUUGAGUUUGAGACCCCUGCCUUACAUGGUCCUCGCAGAUGGGUAAUUAAAUCCUGUCUGUUGAACCUAGAUAUGGUGUCUUGGUACUCACCAUGAAAAUUGUUAGUCACAGGCCUCCAGUUAAUUGGUUAUUGUUUUGGAAUUACCAGUAUUGGCAUUGGUUGUUUUUACAUUCUACAAAACCUAUCGAAGGGAUUAAAACCUUUUGUAAAUGGUUGUGCUUGCUUCAUAAUAUUAUAUACACUGUCCUUGUGUAUAUUGUGUUUUUUAUGUGUACCUGACUGCAAGACAAGUUUCCCUUUUUGGGACAAUAAAGUUAAACUGAACUGAA